GCACGCCAAAAAUAUUAUUCAGAUCAGCAGGCACAUUAACUGAUACACAAGCAAGGCGGCUAGCUACAGCUAGCUGGUGCGUGCAGUGCAUGCAAAUGGCGGCUUCCCUGGGACUGAACCCUGAAGCUCUCUUCGCUUCAUACUCGUCUGCCUACUCCUCCUCCUCGCCGUUCGUGUCCGACUACGCGGCGAGCUUCCCGGCGGCCGUCGACUCCGCCACGGCCUUCUCCGCGGAGCUCGAUGACCUUCACCACUUCGACUACUCACCGGCGCCGAUCUUCACAGCUGUCGGAGCCGGGGCUGGCGGCGAUCGCAACGAGAAGAUGAUGAUGUGGUGUGAGGGCGGUGGUGAUGAAAAGAGACUCAGAAGCAGUGGAAGGAUCGGGUUCAGAACGAGAUCAGAGGUGGAGAUCUUGGACGAUGGAUUCAAAUGGAGGAAGUAUGGGAAGAAGGCUGUCAAGAACAGCCCAAAUCCAAGGAACUACUACCGCUGCUCGUCGGAGGGCUGCGGCGUGAAGAAGCGGGUGGAGAGGGACCGCGACGACCCCCGCUACGUCAUCACCACCUACGACGGCGUCCACAACCACGCCAGUCCCGGAGCCGCCGCCAUCAUCCAGUACGGCGGCGGCGGCGGCAAUAGCGGCUUCUACAGCCCGCCGCACAGUGGCUCGCCGUCGGCUGCCUCAUACUCGGGCUCCUUCGUCUUCUGACUUUUCCGGGCCUUGACCUUGACCCAGAGUGAUUUACCUUUACCCCAGUCGUAGGAUGAGAAGAGUGUUCAGAGAGAUCAGUUCAGCGGCCGGCUAAAUUCCGACCUGCUUGUACAUUUUUACACACUUGUGCAGUACAAGUAAUAAUAUUUAAGCUAGAAGCAGUGUACUCUACUUUAUUUACCUCAAUUAUUGGUUACCUCUUGUGAUGAUGCAUCAUCAAUCAUCACUAGGAUAAUUGAUGACAAACAUGUUUUUCACUUAAUUAGUUUCUUUGUGUACACGACGUUUGUAAUAUGCCGUAUAGCUGAAAGGUUGCUGAUUUAGCUUGGCUUCUCUUGUUCGGUAUUUGAUACCAUGAUCAACAAUUAUGCUGAACAAAUGCAUUGUAACCCUGAAGGGAUAUGUUAAUAUUCUAGAUCGAUUGAUA